CAUAUAUCUCAUUCAUCAUGGACGAGCCCACUAAUUCGUAUGCCCCCCAGAGUUUGACAAUACACAGACGGUGAUGCCUCUUCACAUUCGACCAGCGGUACGCGGACGCGCAUGCAUUCUGUGUAACCGCCACAUCUGCGCCACACACCUAGGAGAGGACCAUCACCGAUGCCCCCUGGUUUCUACUGAUCCUGAACGUUGGGAGCAAGAAAUGCGCGAGCCGCGGGGAAGAGAUGGCGGCCAUGCCACUCGUCUCAACCUGACCGCACUACAGGCCAGGGCGAGUACGCUGAGAGGAGGGAUGGGAGGCCAGAACUAUCACAUUGAGGUCCUGUUUGCCGACGGGGUAUCAUGGCUGUGUCGCGUCCAGCGACAAAACGCGGAGUCCCCACCCUCGAUAUCCGAAUCGGGUCCUCUCAGCGAGGCUGCCACGCUCAAGUUCCUAUCCACCACUUCCGUACCCGUGCCGAAGGUGUUUGACGUUUCGGCGAGGGCCCCGGGAACGAUUGGACGGCCGUCCCUCGACUGGUACGACCUAGAUGACGCCGGAAAGCGGAAGAUCUUGGAGCAGUUCGCAGGCAUACAGGCUGAACUGGCGACGCACCCUCUCCCUGCCAUCGGGUGUAUCAGGCAGCCCGGUUCGUCCCAGAUCGGGCCGCUCGUUCAUGAAAGAACAGCCACCAGGAGCGAGAGCGGGGAACUGCAUCUCCUAGGCCCGUACAGGUCUGCGCUCGACAUGUACACGGCAUUCGCGAAGCGCCAGAUCGACAACAUCCUGAACGAGGAACUCUACGUUGACAGUCCGACUGUCCCUCUGCUUGUCUACCGAUACCUCCUCGACAGAUCCGGAGCCAUGCCGAGCGAUCACAUCUUCGUGGACCAGUCGCUCAACAUCGUGAGCGUCAUUGACUGGGAGUGGGCCCAGACGAUGCCCAUGGAUUUCGCGUUCUGCGCACCCCUCUUCCUGCUCGACGUCGGAGAGUUCUACGACGGUAGGAACGAGCUUUCGGCGGAUGAGGCUCUGUUCGCUUCCGCCUUGGAGAGGGUGGGACGAAAAGACCUUGCCGCGUGCGUCCGCAGUGGGCGCAUCAACCAUCGACUGGUCUUCUGUCUGGAGGAGAACGUCGGCAACGAAGACACGUACGCGCCCUUGUUCUGGGGUCUUCGUAAGUUGGCUGGGUUGUCGGAGUACGACAAUCCGCAAGACGAUUGGAAGGCAUGGAGGGCGAAGGCUGAGCUUGAUUACGCGCAGGAUAGGGAUGUCAGGGCUCUGCAGCGCCAGCUCGAAAAACGCGGGAAGGGUAGGGGGGGCUAGGUUUCCUUGUUACUGUAACUCACUGAUGAGUCGAAGCGCAUUGCACGAAGCCCUCGAAUUUCGACCAACCUCGACCCGGCCCAGGACGCGCACUGCAGCGCU